AUGACUAAGAAACAAAUUCUUAAUGACCAUAACCCAGAGCUACCCGAUUACAUGAAACUUCCAUAUCCAUUAUUUAAGAAGAGACCACUACAGGAAGAUGAGGCAGGGUUGUUUGCCAGGUUUAAAGAGAUGUUAACCAAGAUUCAGAAGCUGGACAAAGAGCAGGUAAAUAUGACUGAGAAAUGUGAUACGAUAUUGCUCCAAACAAUGCCAAAAAAAUUGAAGGAUCCAGGUAAGUUUACCAACUCUUGCACUAUUGGUGGGGUAGAGAUCCCACAUGCUCUAUGUUAUUUGGGGUCGAUUAUCAAUUUAAUGCCUCUUGAUAAGGCGAAAGAAUUAAAUUUGGGAGAGAUCAUACCAUGUAAUGUAACUCUCACCUUAGCUGAUUUAUCUGUUACUCAUCCUCAUGAUGUUUUACAAGAUGUGUUAGUACAUGUUGACGAACUAGUUUUUCCUACAGAUUUUGUGGUAGUAGAUAUGAAGGGAGACACAGGCGAUUUAGUUAUUCUCGGACUCCUAUUCUUGGUGACCAAAAAAGCGUUAAUAAAUUUGUAA